UCGAAUGUUAUGAUCUAAACUCUUAAGUUUUUAAUUUCAAUUUUCUUUCUCCAAAUAAUAUUUUGCUAAUUGAUUGCUAUAUAAAUAUGUGCCUGAAUGAAUGAUUAAAAAAAUUUUGUUAUAUCAAAAAAUUUAUAUAUUUUGUAAUAUCAAUUAAUUAGGUAUUUUUUUGUGUCAUAAAAAUACUAAUUUUUCAUAAAAUAAUUCUCUUCUCAUAUCGAAAUAAUGCAGAAUAAAUAAUAAGUGUAAUUUUUUAAGUGCGUUUCACAAGAACAAUUCUACAAAGGAUCAUAUUCAGGGUCUUAUUGACUCAUCAUGCUGGGCGGCAGUGUACUCUGGUUCCGACAUGGUCUGCGUCUCCACGACAAUCCGGCUCUGCGGGAUGCCCUCGAGGACACAAGCAUCCCCUUCUUCCCAAUCUUCGUGUUUGAUGGCGAGACUGCUGGUACAAAGUCGGUAGGGUACAAUCGUAUGCGCUACCUCCUCGAAGCACUAGAUGACCUGGACCGCCAGUUCAGGAUGCAUGGAGGCAGGCUUCUCAUGAUUAAGGGGAAACCAUCGCACGUGAUCAGGAGACUUUGGGAAGAAUUUGGAAUAAGCAAGCUUUGCUUCGAGCAAGACUGCGAGCCGAUCUGGCGGGCUCGUGACGAAAGCGUGCGCUCUGUGUGCAGAGAGAUCGGCGUAACGUGCCGCGAGCGAGUGUCGCACACGCUAUGGGAACCCGAUACCAUCAUACGCGUGAAUGGAGGAAUACCGCCGCUUACUUAUCAGAUGUUUUUGCACACGGUAGCCAUUAUCGGCGAUCCGCCGAGACCCGUAGACGACGUGGACCUGCGCAAGGUCAACUUUGGUGUACUCCCUGAUUCGUUUUACAGUGAAUUUGUGGUUUUUGAUAAGACCCCAAAACCGGAAGACCUAGGCGUGUUUCUGGAGAAGGAAGACAUUCGCAUGAUACGUUGGGUCGGCGGUGAGACAGCGGCAUUGCAGCAGGCUGAUCAGCGGCUGGCGGUCGAACAUGAGACGUUUCGGAAGGGUUCGUAUCUACCAACACACGGCAGUCCCGACUUGCUGGGACCUCCCAUAUCACUGAGUCCAGCUUUACGAUUUGGAUGCUUAUCUGUGAGGAGAUUUUACUGGGCAGUACAAGAUCUAUUUCAGAAAGUACACCAGGGUCGCAUAUCUUCAACUCAUUUUAUUACGGGUCAGCUAAUUUGGCGCGAAUAUUUCUACACGAUGAGCGUUAACAACCCGCGCUAUGGGCAGAUGGAAGGUAAUCCGAUUUGCCUCGAUAUACCCUGGAAACAACCGCAAGGAGACCACCUUCAAAGGUGGAAGGAAGGUCGAACAGGGUUUCCCUUCAUUGACGCAGCCAUGCGGCAACUACUAGCUGAGGGUUGGUUACAUCACGCACUCCGUAAUACCGUCGCGUCAUUCCUUACGCGCGGUACUCUGUGGCUCUCUUGGGAACACGGCUUGAAGCACUUCUUGAAGUACCUGCUGGAUGCUGAUUGGUCGGUGUGCGCGGGCAACUGGAUGUGGGUAUCUUCCAGCGCGUUUGAAGCAUUGCUGGACUCUGGCGAGUGCGCGUGUCCGGUGCGGCUCGGCCUGCGCCUCGAGCCCAGCGGCCGCUACGUGCGCCGCUACGUGCCCGAGCUGACGCACAUGCCGGACGCCUACAUCUACGAGCCAUGGAAGGCCCCACUAGACGUGCAGCAGCGUGCAAACUGCGUGAUCGGACGCGACUACCCGCCACCCAUACUCGAUCAUUUGGAGGCAGCUGAGAGAAACCGCGCCGCUAUGCAGGAGUUACGUCGCAUCUUGGACAAAGCUCAGCCGCACUGCUGUCCGUCUUCAGAGGAUGAAAUCCGACAGUUUAUGUGGCUUCAUGAAGACCCGCAGUUGGAACAAAUCGCUAAUACUAAUUAAAUAAAAUAAAUAUUAAAUAAAAAUAAAACUUUAACCCGGCUUUUACUGGGUCGAAACGAAAAAAAAAUAGCCAAAUUAUAUGUUAAAUUGUAUGUUACUGCUUUCCGCCAGCGGCUUCGCCCGCGGUUUCAAAGAAAAACCCGCAUAGUUCCCGUUCCCGUUCCCCUAGCCUAUGUUGCUCAGUGAAAAUGCGGCUUUCUAAUGGUGAAAGAUGGUGUUUGAAAAGAUAUUGAUGAAUUGACGAUCUCAUAAAUUUUUGUGACAAGUAAAAAAAAAUGUAAUUUAAGUUGACAAAAAAAUGUAAUUGACAUAAUGUUAUGUCAAUGGGUUUUAUUUUCCCAAAUUUGAAAUUCCUGUAAAUCACUACAGUGACAUUAUUUUCUAUGUAAUAUUAAAAAUGUAAUAUGCAUUUAUUAAGAUUUUUUGUUAUUUUUUUUACCGAAUUAUAAAUGAGGUCUCAGUAUGCGUGAUAUUAUUAAUUAUAGAUUUUUUUUAAAUAUUAAGUUUAGAAAAUGUUAUUAGAUUUAACUGUUUCUUUUUUCAAUUCAGUGUUUAUUGAUGUUAGAAAAUAUUACUUUUUAUUGUUCAUAGUUUUAAGUAUUAAUUUAAUAGUAUUACAUAGUAGGUAAUUAUAGCCAAAGAAAAUACACUUCUUUAGGUAAUUUUUUUUUGGUACAAUAAAAAAACGUUGUACAAUAUGUAGACUCAAAAAAAAAAAAAUCAAUCAGAAAUAUAGAUUUUUAAUGUUUAUUCUCAUAGGGAUAGUAUAUUUUAUUUUUAGAAAUAAUUAUUAUGAGGCAUGCCGAUUCUCAUUUAGGGUGUAAGAAAAAAACAGAACAGAACUGUCGAUAUUUUGUAUCGAAGUUGAUCUUUUGGUACCAGUUUUAUCGAAUAUUAGUUUUUAAUGUGGCUUAGAAAAUAAGUAAGAUCUAUAU